GCGGUGGCUGGGACUGACAUAUCCAACUUUCUGAGAUCCCCGAGAGAGUAACACAGAGAGAAAGAACGACACAAAACUCUAAGAAAAUGUACUCACGAUCAAACAGCGUGACUCUGACUGUACAGCAGGAGAGAUAUGGCUUCUCCAGAAUGGCGACCCGCAGCACGGAGCCCGAGGUCUUCACCUUCGAGCGGAUUCCGACUCAGGCCACCGCCGUGCGCUCCUAUGUGCCGAUCCGGCCGAAGAAACGCUGCACCCGGGUCAUGUAUCCCGCUAAAGUCCGCAUGCACCUUCCACCACCUGAGAAAUCCCAGGCCAAGCGCUGGUUGGUCAUCCUGUGUCUGGUGGUGCUGUGGCAGAUCUACACCGAGGAGCCGUGCGUCGACACGCCGCUUGACAGCUCGGUCAGCGACUACCAGGGGUUCCCCUUCCAGGGUGCGGAGGCUCAGGCCCAGCUCACAGAGUUCAGCGCCAGCUCUGAGCUCAUGUCCUCCACACCCAGCAGCUGUGAGGACGACGGCUCAUUGAGCGAGCAGAUCAUCCCGAACACAUGCCCCAAGCCCGGUCAGGAGACGGAAAGCAGCCAGUUCGAGCAGAGCGCUGGGAAGAGCUACGUGGUGGCACUGCUGGUCUAUCACAGACUGGGCAGCGACAACUAAACCUACUUGCACUGGGUUACCUGUAAAUCAACCCACCUGUGUGUGGAAAUAAAACACAGCAGAAGUUGACCCUGAGCAGCUACCGGAGAACAGCGCGCCCCGCGACAAGCAGCCGGGCAGAGAGCUCCAUGCGUCGGCUUCUCCCUGCCAGCAGUCCCCCUGAGAGCCGAGGAGGACAAAAGUCUGGAAAAGAAACACUUGAAAGAAACUGUGAACUGACAACAAACUUGAACUUAACAAAACUUGAACUUAUGUGUGUGAUUUACACACAGACUUUACUGCACUCUAACUGGAUGUUUUACAUUCUGAUAAUUGUCAUGAAAAACGAGCUGAAACUAACACUGUGUUGUCUAAAUGUCUAAUUUAGUUAUUUAUUCUAUUUGCUAUUUAUUGAUUGAUAAUUUAAAUAAAAAAAUGUUGAAAAGAA